AUGCACCGCUCCGAACCGAACCGACGGCAUCAUAAACAUCAGACCCAAAGGCGUUACAUUAGAACUUUUCUACGCCAUGACUGGAAGUCGACACUCGCAUUCAUUGCAGGACUAGUCGGCGUCGCAGCAGUGAUUGCAUUCACAACCUGGUUGAGCAAGCAGAUCCUCCGCUGCCCAGAAUGGGCAAUCGAAUGCCACGUGGCAGUCAAGGUCGAAGAAUUCGGGAAGAACAUUGCAGUCGUUCAGGGUAUGGUGACAGUCAUUUAUAGCGUCGGAUUGGCAGCACUCGCAUUCGCUGCCCAUGGAAUGUCUGAGGUGGCGCUUUGGCCCCUGUUGAAUACACGGUCCCUCACAAUCGACCAAGUGGAUGACUAUCUCGAAGCUAGUCGAGGCUCCAUACCGUCUUCAUUUUGGGCUCUCACGGCUGCACGCGGCUUGCACUCUGUUUUUGUCGUCUUUUGCACCAUCGGAAUAACUUUGUUACCCCUUGUGGCUGCCCCGCUCACUGGUUUUGUAUAUGACCAGCAUAACAUCACCACGGCAUUCAAAAGCCAUGCCUGGCCAGGGGGAGGUAUUGGGCCACCUUUCAGUCAAAACAAUCCACCGACGUCUCUUAAUGCAGGGGCGACGGCCUUUUAUAGCUCGUGGUCGACAGGUAUCUCUGAGGAGCCAAUGCAGGAAUAUCAGGAUUGGUUCAUUGAUCGUUUGGCUUUUGAGAAGCGAGGCAACAUGACUGUUCGGGCUGUCAAAUUGAAGCAAUCUAUAUCAUGUGGUGCUUCAAAACCGGAAAAAUUCAUAUGGGAGAACAAGACUCUUGGUUGUAAAACCAACAUGAAAAAGAGUCCGGGCAAUCUCAAUGAGGCGGGAAGAGACUUGAACGACGAGGAAGUUUUGAUAAGGCCAGGGCAAAGGCUUACAGUGUGGGCUCACGAAUACGAUUUCGAUCCGCCGACUAAAACAUCGGCCACACUAUUCUUUGCAGCGAUGGAUGGGUCUAUUGAAGGCGGGGAGGUCAUCAUGAAUCCCAACGACGAAAAGAAGAUUGCCAAUAUCUCCACAAUAUCUUGCAGUAUCAGCGUCGAAAUCGUGGAAGACACUCUUGCAGUCGGGUCAGUUCCGCAAGGUCUACCAAUCCCACAGAUCAACUUCCUUGGUCGUCUUCGCAACCCUGGUGGAGCCAACAACAAGCACAACAAUGAAGAGCUUGUAGGAAGCCAGAAUCUCACCUCUCUUGCUCUCUGGUUUGUCAUGGCCCCUAUAGUCAUCGGACAAAGCAGCCGAGGUGCGCAACCCCUCUAUGGAUAUAAUGAACCCAAGCUUCCCUUGAUAGUAACGGCGGGCAUGAAAGAUGCAAAUAACACCAAAUGGACCAUCGAUUACAUCGAGAAGUUCAUUCGCGGGGCUAUAGGCGCCCUUGCUCAGGCCGCGAGCGGUGGUUGGGAUGAGGGCGAUCCUGUAGUCAUGACCUCGAUUGCCUUUACCCGGAAACUAGAUCCUCAAAGGGUAGCUCUGCUUGCUAUCCCGCCGAUUCUCAUCGUCAUGCUUGGGCUGCUGUUGAUGAUCUGGAAUCAAAAGCGUUAUGUGAAGCUUCGGCUUCCUAACAUGCGCAAAGCGUCGCUCAGUGAGAUCCUCAAGAGCGCACUUACGGAUGACAUGACUAAGCAAUCGCUGGAAAAGGUGUCCGUGAGAAACGACAUGAUUCAAGUAGAAAAAGGACGUAGGAUGGCUAUGACAUCUACUUCUUUGAAGCAGUGA